CAAGGCAUUGACAACUACAGACAGUUUUUAAUAUAACAUUUAAACUCACAGCAAAACACACAAAUAAAAUGCUGACAAAGUUUGUCAAAACUAUCUAGUGUUUUAACUAAGGAGACAAAUGUUAACAGUGUAAAAUAAAAGUAAAAUAAAAGACAUAUGUUAUGGGGACUUAUCUUACUCAUGGGAACAAAAAUCAAGUCCCCAUAAUGUAAAUUAGUACAUUUUAAGAUUAAGACAUGUUUUAAGGUUAGGCUGAGGUCAGGGUAGGGUCAGGAUUGGGAUUAGGAUUAGACCAGUAGUAAAUUAAAGAGGUUAGAGUAAGUCUCCAGGAAAUUAAUGUAAAUCCUCUGAAGUAAUGGAAACCAGUAUGUGUGUGUGAGAGAGAGAGAGAGAGAGCGCCCACUGUGGGUGAAACAGGAACCCUGCAGGCAAAGACACCCUGUGUUUCCCAUGGCAACAACCUCCCAACAAACACAGGAGCAGGACUCAGUGAAUCCUGUGAGGUAACAAGCUUGUGCUGCUGCUGUGUUUCCUCUCAGACUCAGGUAAAAAAAAGAAAGAAAAAGAUGAGUUCACCUCUGUCGAUGCUGAAGAAAACAAAACGCGGUCCACUGCAGGGCGUUAACAGUGACCAGUGGAGGAAAGACAAAGUGCCUUUCAGGAGAAAUCUGUUAAAAGAGUUUCAGACAGCAGUGGUCAACAGUAACGACGAUGUUGAUUCAAGCCAUUCAAAUUCUUCCCAACUCCAUCGCACUCCGGCCAGUGACGCCAUCACUUCAUUACCCACAGGCCCAUUUAAGAACGGGGCUCCACCAAGCGACUUUGAGCUCAUGUCUGCCAUGAUGCAGCGGGUGACACUUCUGGAGAAAAAGGUGACAAACCAAACACAGGAGCUUCAGUCUAAGAAUAAAAAGAUCUCCAUGUUGGAAGAGAAGCUGAGGGUUCAGAGAGACUCAGCGUCUACACGUGAUCUGAGCGGCAGAGACGAUGUUGAAAAGAGGUGCCAACAACUGCAGAAUCAAGUGCACGCAAUGGAGAGCUUCCUCAGUGACUAUGGUUUGAUUUGGGUGGGAGACGAGAGGAGCAGCGACUCAGACAAGUGUGAGCAGACUCACAGCUCAGGAACCUCUGAGGGCAGGGAUUUCCACAUGAACUUUGACCUUGUGUUGCAGAGGAUCCAGGACAUGAACAUCGUUGCCGGGGAGGGAGAGACUUUCGUGCAGUCGACACCCACAGGAGCACAGCUGGCACGAAAGGAUCCUGUUCAACUGAGGCUCUACAGCAACGGCAUUGUCAUGUUUGACGGUCCUUUCCGCUCCUAUCAGGAGAACAGCACCCAGCAGUUUAUGCGAGAUCUGAUGGAUGGGUAUUUCCCCUCAGAGCUCCAGGAAAGAUUUCCUGAUGGAGUUCCUUUUGAGGUUCAUGACAGGCGAGAUGAAGAAUUUAUCCUCAGGCUACCUUGGAAUACAUUUCCAGGUGAAGGACAGACUGUCUGUGGGAAGAACGAUGAAUCAUCAAAUGUUACCGGACACCAAACUCCCCGCAGGAAACUGACCAUGGAUCAGUUUAUGAACCGGAUGCCCAAGAUGGUGGUCAAAGCUGGACAAGUCAUUGAUAUCAGGGAGUCACUGAGAGCAAACCUGCAGGGUUCACCUGAUGCUCCGAGCAGCGACUUGAUGAUCCUCGUAGACACAGCUGCUCUACAGGCCAUGAAACAGAGGCUGCAGACGUUCAGCUCCGACCGACCGCCGUCAGCCCGUAACAUCAUUACACUGAAGGUGAAGUCCGAGGACGGGAAUCAGACUUACAUUUUGAAAAUGUGUUUCUCAGAAACAAUUGGCCACCUGCGGCAGUAUCUGGACAAACACAGAGGUGGUGGUCCUGCUGAUUAUGACAUCAUCAGUGCGCACCCUCAGUUCUGCUACGAAGACGAGAGCAGGACGCUGCAGUCGUACGGCCUCACAACUAAUGCUCAUCUACUGCUGCGAAAGAGACAACACUCUCAAUCACUUGAGGUCAAAUAAACCUUAAAACAAAUCAUGUUUGUUUUUAAGAACAAUACAGGUGUUACUAAUGUUCAUGUGUCCAAGAAACUGAGGGAACAAGUACAACGCCAUUCUUUAAAAAUACAUCCAUUUUCUACCACUUUAUCCUUCACAUUGUUAUUACUAAGCAGUUACUUGGUGGCUACUUAAGAAUAAGCCAGUAUUAUCACACUAUUACCAUAGUUACUGUA